AUGUGUUACCGUACUGGUAUUUUCGUAUUACUACUUCUGUUAUUAUCCUUGGAUUCCAGGGAUUGUUCUGCUAGUAUACAGUAUGAUGUCGCAAAUAAAAUAUCGUUUAACACCGUACAAGCAUGGGCUGUUAAGCUCGGAACAGAAUUAUAUCAUUUCGGUGAAUUUAUUACUAGAAAGAAGGAAGUUCAAGACAGCUUUAAAUCGGCUCAAAUUGAACCAAGAGAUGGGGAAAAGUUAGUUCAGAGUAUGGCAGACGAUAUACGAGCGAUGAUGGAACUUAAAAUAAGUGCUGUUAAACGAAUUGUCGAAGCAGCGGAGAAUAUGGCAUUUGAUAAACAAAAUGAACCUGUACCUGAAGAUUUUCAAUUUUAUAACAGUAAAGAAAUGGAAGAUCUUUAUGCAGAUCAAUCGCUGACAACGACACCAGAACCAGAAUUUACUAUGGAAAACUGGAUAAUACGACCCCCUUCUAAAAAUGCUUAUCUGCUACAAAAUCCUCACUUUUCUAAUAUACCUGUCAAUAUAAACAUCAGUAGCGUACACGUCCCAACAAACGUAUACACUUGGGCACCCGAAGUUAUUAAAGGUAUUCACUGGUCAGAGGGCUUAGACACGCAUUUUAUUAAUAACUAUCAAAGUGACCCUACAUUAUCAUGGCAGUAUUUCGGCAGUUCAACAGGCUUCAUGAGACACUAUCCCGCAAUGAAAUGGCGCGCAGAUCCAGUAGAUAUAUAUGAUUGUCGCACGAGAGCGUGGUAUAUGGAGGCAGCUGCUAGUCCCAAAGACGUUGUAAUUUUAGUAGAUCGGAGUGGAUCGAUGACUGGUCAAAGAAGAGACAUAGCCAAGCACGUUGUCACUAAUAUUUUAGAUACACUUGGGAAUAACGAUUUUGUGAGCGUAAUGACUUUCGCUGAUACUGUAGAAGAAAUAGUUCCAUGUUUUGAGGACUCCCUAGUUCAAGCAACUUUAGCAAACUUACGAGAACUAAAAUUAGCAUUAGACAAUUUUGAAACAAUGGAAAUAGCAAAUUUCUCAGCAGCAUUAACAAGAGCCUUUGAACUUUUAGAAAUUUAUAGAAACAACAGUGGUGGAGCGAACUGCAACCAGGCAAUAAUGCUUGUCACUGACGGUGUGCCAUAUAACUACAAGGAGCUAUUCGAAAGAUUCAACUGGAAGUACGACACUCCAGUGCGGGUGUUCACUUAUCUGAUAGGUCGCGAGGUAAAGGUGGCGGACGUCAGGGAGGUUAAAUGGAUGGCCUGCGCAAACAGAGGAUUUUACGUGCAUUUGAGUACCUUGGCGGAAGUUCGCGAGAGAGUACUGGAGCAUGUUAACGUAUUGGCGAGGCCGUUAGUGCUGCAGCGAGAAAAGCAUCCUGUUGUUUGGACUCCUGUAUAUGCUAAUGUUACGGAUCCAAAAGUAGCGGACUAUUUAUGGGAGCAACGAGAAAGAGCCGAGCAAAAAGAGAGAUUUAUGAGCCAACGGCGAGAUAAGGCACUCUUUAAUUCAGAGAAGGAACAAAACAGAAGAUGGAAAAUCACUCAGAUGAAACAGGGUCAAUAUAGUGAACUUGGAAAUUCUCAGUACCAACUGAUGACGUCAGUAUCCAUGCCUGUUUACGAUUUACGGCACAAUGAGAACAUCACAGAGAAUGUACUGAUAAAUGAAGCUUACUGGGUAUCAGUUACAAAAGAGUCCGUAGAGGAGAACGGCCAGAAGGAGAUGCGAAUAGCCAGAUUACUGGGAGUGGCUGGUACUGACGUUCCACUUUCAGAAAUUCAAGCUUUAAUGACUCCAUAUAAGAUCGGCGUCAACGGCUACGCGUUUAUCGUCACAAACAACGGAUACAUCUUAAUACACCCGGAUUUGAGGCCUGUUUUUCAACAAAUAUUAAAACCGAGUUACAAUAGCGUCGACAUGAUAGAAGUUGAAUUGUUUGAUGACGAAAGAAGCCCUAGGAACUUCAGCAAGGAAUUGACAGCGCUCCGUAAAGAAAUAAUUGAUCAGAAAACUGGAAACAAAAUAGUAAAUAUAAAAUAUCAUAUGGAAGACAUGAAAAGAGUAUCGCGCGGAAAAAGACACUAUUUUUGGACUGGUAUAAGUGAUUCGCCGUUUACUCUUGUUGUAUCCAUUCCCGAAAACUAUGGCCGUCAUCGUAUAACGCCUCCACCUACUGAUGAUAUCCAUCGAAUAACUUUAACGUCUAAAAAUAUAUCCGCACGCCAAUAUCUCUCGGAUAAAUGGAGCAUUCAUCCCGAUUGGCUAUAUUGCCGUCACUACGAGCGGACAUUUUCAUCACCUGAGGAAGAGUUGCUAUACUUCUUGGAGAGGGUUGCGAAACCUGGUUGGCGCUGGCCAGCAAAACCGCGACCACCUGAACAUCACAAGAAUAAAGGACACGAAAGGCACGGUGAAGGUACAGAAGCGAGAGAACGAAAUAAAUCGCCAAAUAUUGCUCAACGAAAUGAGUACUAUUGCGAUCAUGGACUAAUGCAAGCUCUGGUGUAUGACGCCAGAAACACAGCGUGGUUUAACAAGAGCAUAUCGGAUUCCGCAUCGGAUGACAAGGCGGCGGAAUUUAUACAACGUUUUGGCUACAUAGUUGCUUUCCUCGCAACUCAUAGCGGUUUAACACGUUGGCAAACUCAUCCUCCGAAGGACCGCGACGACAAACCCGAGUUUGGUAAGCAGUGGCCUCGCGCAAUAGACGAGGUGUGGUACCGUCGAGCCGUAGAGCAGCACUAUGUGGAUCCCCUUAGUUUCGUGUACAGCGUGGACUUAAGUACGGAGAAGUUCCCUCUGAACGUCAGCUCGGCUAUGGUGACGGCCGCACACGCCGUGUUUCAUGGCGAUGGGCAUAAGAAAACGCCAGCAGCCGUUGUGGGUUUUCAAUUUAAGCAUGAGCGUUUGAGCGAGUGGUUUGAAAAUAUUACAUCAUCGUGCGAACAUAACAAGGAGUGUGUAACUUGUUUGUCAGAUAACUGGGACUGUUUCUUAGUAGACAGUAAUGGAUGGAUUGUUGUUAGUAAAGACACCAGUCAGACUGGACAAUUUUUUGGAAAGGUAAGACCUGAUAUUAUGAUGAAGCUGGUAGAAGAUGAAAUAUUUAAGCCGAUCCACAUUAUCGACUAUCAAGCAGUUUGUUUUAGAGAGAAAAAAGUCACAAAUCCAGCAAACAGUUUGUUGACGCCCCUGGAAAACUUACGUCUUAUAAUGGCAUGGUUUCUUGCUACCACAGUGUGGAUUUACAACUCUAUAGGUGUAGGGUUAGCGCAAGCGUCGAGUUAUUCUUUCGACUAUGAGUUUCUUACACCCACUGUCGCCUAUCAAAAUUACGAGAAUGACGAAGAUACAGAUGAUCCAUCAAUGUCGAAACCACCGACACGUAUGCUGGAGAGAGAUUUCGAGAAGCUCGUCCUUAUAAACCGGACACGCCCAACACCUUGCGAUAGGGAAAUGUAUCUCUACCAAAUGGAUUACAAAAAUUUGGACGAGAAACUAAAUAAGCCAGUGCACGAGUGCGAUAGGCCAUUCUACGCACAGCUGGUAAACUACACGAACAUGCUACUAGUGGUCGUCGAUGCGAUGUGCGCAAAGGUCGAAGUGCCCAUAUUUUCCAUCGACGCGACUGAAGUCCAGUACAAUGAGUCGCUGCCCUGUUUGAAACACAUGCACCCGUUCUACAGGAAACAACCUAAUUCCUGCAUACGAAAUCAUACAGAAGAAAGCAACAUCGACAUGUGCGGACGCGGCAGUUUACAACAAAAAAACAUUCUAUGGAUACCUUUAGGCAUUAUUUUAUUCAUUCAGUAUUACUAAUUUUUAAAUGAAAAUUUAAGUAAAGUAUUAGAAAAGUACAUAUUUUCUGCAAAUUAGUUACAUAUAAUUUUAUUGUGAACUCAAUAGUUAACAUUUAAAAAUAGCUUUUGUUAUAACUCCGUUACUUUAUUUUGAGAUUAUAUUAAUGAAAGUUAACAUAUCAA